AUACACAUUAGUGUGCUGCCACACAUUAUGCUGUGCUGCAACCAGGGGCGGACUGACCAUUUGGAAACUCGGGCACUGCCCGAGGGCCCGGGGUCAGUAGGGGGCCCCAUGAGAUGCCCCUGGUACCUUUUUCAUAGGCUUUUUUGAGUUUGGGCAAGGAAACAGGGGCCCCAUGAUCCCCUAUUGCUCGGGGGCCCCAUGAGUGGUCAGUUCGCCCCUGGCUGCAACCCACAUCUGUUGGCAAGCUUCACCGCUGCUCCUGAGCUAAAGAUUGGGAUCUGCCGCUGCUUGAGUUUGCUUAAAAGAUUCAAUGCCCCUGGUACCUUUUUCAUAGGCUUUUUUGAGUUUGGGCAAAGACACAGGGGCCCCAUGAUCUCCUAUUGCCCGGGGGCCCCA